AUGUACCACGAGACAGAACAGAUUGACAUCGACCAAGACUCAAACCACAGCAGAUCAAACACUCCCAAAAUGUUCUACAAAGAAGAGAAAACAGUGAUCAACCAGAAGAAGUCGUUUUGCAUAGAUGCCUUGCUAUCAAAACAUAUAGAUUCCGACGCUGAGAAAACGCAGAAUUACGUAGCUUUGAUGAAUAAGAAUUACAUAGCAAGAUACCAGAAUGAUUAUGAAAGAGUGGAACAGCAAACAGAAGGAAUAGAGAGGGAGAGGGUCAGUGAGAGUCCUAAAAGUGGGAGUAGUAGGAGUGUGUCACCAGGGUCGGAAGAUGGGAAUAGAUCGGAGUCCUAUAGUCCUCCGAUUUCGCCAGGCGUUGAGGGUGGGAAUGAAGAAUAUGAAAGCUAUAGACCUGGUAUAGUCCCAAAGCCGGGUCUCCUUCCACAAAACCCGGCGCUCGUAGCACAGUCAUCUCUAUUCAACUACCCGCAAAUGGGCAUGCCCAGCGGUCCGAUGCCCUCCGCCUUCCAUCACCCGGGCGACAGGGUGCUGCAUCAUAUGCAGUUGGAGUGGCUGGCUCGGACAGGCAUGUUCUACCAUAGGAUACCAGAGUUGGGAGGUGCCCCCCACGCGCUGCUCGGCAAGACGCGGCGCCCCCGCACCGCCUUCACAUCACAGCAACUAUUGGAGCUGGAGAAGCAGUUCCGAAUGAACAAGUACCUGUCCAGGCCGAAGCGGUUCGAAGUGGCUACUAGCUUGAUGCUUACUGAAACUCAGGUAAAAAUAUGGUUCCAAAACCGCAGAAUGAAGUGGAAACGCUCGAAAAAGGCGCAACAAGACAGCAAAAGCAAAGACCACCCGAGCGAGGAAAAAAAUAAAAACAAGGAGGUCCUACACGACCAUGACAAACAGCCCCCACAAAUGGCGGGAGAUUUGACACCUGUCAAACCUCCUCCCCUGCUCGACAGAGACAGAAUGAUCGCGCUAGAGCGAGAAAGAGCGAUGGCGGCGGCGAACUUUAAUUCGAAUUUGGAAAACAAUAGACGCGGACUCGUUAUGAACCAAGAUGGCCGACCGGGUAUAAAUAUGUUCAAGCCGUAUGUAGUAUGAAAUUAAAUGUAUUUUUAUUUUAUUACUAAGUUGGGUAUCAUUUUGUACAUAAUAAGUAAAGGUCGUGAUUAGUGCAAUUUUUAUAUUUAUUUUAAACCAUAAGUUUAUGCUUUUUAUUUUAACGGCUCACUAUGUAUAAAGUAAUAGGUAUAUCGACGUCCU